CAAUAUGGCUGCCGUUGAGUUGGCAGAGCCUGAGCUGGGCUGAUGAGUGAGUGAGGGACGGCGGAGGAGCAACAAGAGCAACAAAUAAACUGCUCGGCGGCAGCUCUGACACAAUCGGCCGAGUAUUCAAUCGCCUCCGCCACAUUUCAACCUCCCUCCCCGGCGUUUAGUUACCACCUGUUUCGGAGGCGGCGGGCCCCUUGGCCCGGCCUGGGGAGGUAACUCGGGUAAACGCCUGGCGGCCGCCUUCCCUUCACCUCCACUCCUCCUCCGCCUGUUGCUCCCGGUGAGCCAUCUCCUGUUUUCGCCGCUGUUACCAUGUCCUCUUGGUUCGGUGGAAUCGGCUCGGGCCUGGGCCAUGUCGGGGGCAGCCUGUCCUCCCUGACCGGGCAGCUCUCCAGCUUCACCAAAGACAUGUUGGCAGAAGGUGCCGAGGAAGUGCAAGAUGCUGCCAGCGAACUACAAGUAUCGAAUUCCAGACUGAAGGAUGUUGAAACAGCUUACUCAGCACAAAAAUCAGAGUAUGAGCGGUUGAAGAAACUUUACUCGGACCUAGAAGAGAAAGAGGCAGCAGCAGAGCUCCAGAUAAAGCACCUAUCUUCAGAAUACAGAAACCAGCUACAGCAGAAAGAAGUUACAAUAAGCCAUUUGAAAGCCAGACAAAAUUCCUUACAGGAUCAAGUACAGAAGCUCCAAUCUGCUGCUCAGUCAUCACAAGUUGGUGUUACCUCAAGCACAGCCUCAACUGCCUUUCUGCCUGUGGACAUGUCUCGCACGUCCACGUUUCAUGGGGAUACCAUGGAUUUUGGAGAUGUCAUCUGGUCCCAGCAAGAGAUCAACAGGCUUUCCAAAGAAGUCUCCAGGUUGGAAGCUGAUGUUGCCCAUUGGAAAGCGCUAGCACAGGCACCCAAGGGUCAAGGGACAGUUAGCUCUAGUCAGGAUGAUAAUUACAAAUUGCAAAAGACAAUCGAGGAGGUGAAGAAGCAGCUUAGUCAGGAGAUUGAUGAACAUCAGCACGAGCUGUCUGCUCUGCAGGACAUACAUCGCCAGAAACUAACCAGCCUCACGCUCCGGCAUAGGAUUGAGCUUGCAGAAUAUGAAGAACGGAUUGAGGAGCUGGAGCAGCAGUUGCAAGCUGGAGCAGGUGCUGUGUCCUCAGACCAUUCAACAAUUCCUGAGGAGAGAAAGACUCAAUUAGUAGCCAGAAAGCAAUCUGGAGAAGAGCUGGAAAAGCAAGUUAAGACCAAGAAUGAUGAACUGGCUGUUGGUUUGCUCCAAGAAUGGGAGAAUGCUUCAACAGAGAUAAGUCAGCUGAAGGAGUGCGAGAGACUGCAGGAGGAAUAUGAGAACUCGCAGAACUGUAUGAUGGAGUUGCAGGGUACUGUGGAGAAACAGGAAAAACAGUCAGGAAAAGUGGCACUGGAGGAAGAAGUGCUCCAACUAAGGCAAGCUGCAACAGAUGCAGAAUUGAAGAGAUUGGAUAACACUAAUGAAGCUAAAUAUAAUGGGAAGGAAGAUAUUCGGGAGCUGAAAGCAAGUCUGCAGUUGCUGAACCAUGAAAAGGAGGAGCUACAAAAAGAAAAGGAGGCUAUCCAAGAGGAACUUUCAAAGCUGCAGACUACUCAGGGAAAUGGGAAUGCUCUUUUGAAUCUGAAUAGGCUGACCAUGGAAGUGAGUGAGCUAAAGCAUAAUUUGUCAGCUAAAGAGAAUAACCUGACACAGGUCUCCAGGCAGAAAGACACAUUAGUGUCUGAGUUGGAAGAACUAGACAAGCAGAAUCAAGAAGCUACUGAGCAUCUGAUCACAUUGAAAGAUCAGCUGGCGCAGCAGCGGAGAGAUUCUGAAGGAACGAUCAAACAGUUGCAGUCAGAACUGGAGGUUGUUGCAGCUGAUAAGGCAUUAAUGGCACAAGAGCUGGAAUCUCAAAGAGACAAGCUGAGUCAGAGUGCUUUUGCCCUCAAUGAGCUGCACAUGAGCAAGCAGCAGCUGGAAAUGAAAGUCAAAGACCUAAUGGAGAAGCUAAGCAAAUCAAACGUGCAUAGCUCGAACUUGCAGGCUGAAAAUAUAAAUCUGUCGAGGACAUUACAGAAUGCAGAAUCUCAACUGUCAGUCGCCAAGGUGGAGUUAACACAAGCUGUCCAGCAAGCUCCAAGCAAUCGAGAUCAAGAAGAAUUACUCCAAGGAAAAGAGAAUGAAAUUUCAGAACUAAGACAACAGGUUUCAGAAACUAAACUUCUAAGUGAUGAGUUGCAAACUAAACUUAAUGACCUCAAAAUCCAAAAUAAAAAACUGGAUGCAGAAAAGAGAGAAGCCAGUGAAGCCCUAAAUGAAGUUAAAGAACAACUGAAGGAAGCUGUAACCAGUAAAAGUGAGAUUACCAAGGAAAACGCCACCCUAAUGCAGGCAUUGCGAAUGGAAAAAACCCAGCUGGAGUCCGAAUUGAACCAGGCUGAAAAAAGAAUUAAUGAGGAGGCUAAAAAAUAUGAGCACACCAUCAAUGAGCUAACAAUGGCUCGAAAUUUAGAUGCUACAGCUUUGCAGAAAGAACAUGACAGUCUGAUCAAGUUUAAUCAGGAGAAGGAUUUUAAGAUUGAAGAACUCAAACGUAACGUACAACAAUUGGAAACUGACCAUGAAGAGACCAGAGAAAUGCUGAAAUCUAGCCUGGAGGGUCAGCAGCAGUUGACAGAUCUUUUGAAUGAAAAGGAGACAUUUGUUGAAACACUUAGGAAAAGAAGCUCAGAAUUACAGCAAGAAAUUGAAAAAAAUGCAAAGGUUUUUAGAGAGUGUGAAUCCUUAAAGCAAAAUCUUGAAGAGAAAGAGCGGCAAUUAAGUACAAUGAAGGAAGAAAAUAACCAUCUCAAAGAAGAAAUGGAUCACUUCAGGGACCAACAUAGCAGGCUUCAGCCGACUGCUGAGCCCAAGACUCUUGAUAUAAUAAUAGAGCUUGAGACAGAGAUAACUGAGCUGAACAGCAAAAAGAACAGCCUUGAAGAGGAAAUCAGGCUUCAUAAAAGGACAGUUGAGGAGCAAAAGCAAAAUGUUUUACAGCUUCAGCGUUCUAUACAGGCACAAGGGAAAGAAGGGGAUGAAGCAAAAACCCUGCAUGAGGAAAUUACUUCAGCAUAUGAGAAAUUAAUUUCAGAGAAAGAUAAAGAGAUCCACAGCCUUCAGGAAUCCAUCGAUCAAAUGAGAACUCAGUUUCAGAGAGAACUCCAGGUUGCUCCUACAGAUGCUCCAGUCAUUCUCCAAGAAACUAAAGUACUAACAGUGAAUGGAGAAAAUGGAAAUGAAAAGCAUGAUUUGUCCAAAGUGGAGAUUGACAGAUUGGUUAAUGGCUUAAAAGAAAAAGAAAUGGAGAUAAAGGUAUUAAACGAAAAAUAUUUGUCUCUGAAUAAGCAGUUGGAUCAGUUACCUAUAUUUAAGGAUGAAGUGGGUAGACUAACUCAAAUCAUUCAACAGAAAAACUUGGAGAUCCAAACUCUUCAUGCAAGGGUGACACCUGGCUCAUAUAUGCAGGUUGGUGCAGAUGUGGCCUACUUGCAGCAGCAAUUGCAGGCUUAUGCGAAUGAGCGAGAGCAAAUGCUAGCAGUAUUAAAUGAAAAGACAAGGGAGAACAGCCAACUGAAGACUGAAUAUCAUAGAAUGAUGGACAUUAUAGCUGCAAAGGAAGCCGCUCUUUUGAAACUGCAAGAAGAAAAUCUGAAAAUGGUCAAUAAGUAUGAGAAUGAAAGUCAAGACAUGGUACGUGAAACCAUCCAGAAUUUGUCUCGAAUUAUCCGUGAGAAGGACAUGGAAAUAGAUGCCCUUACCCAGAAGUGCCAAACUCUAGUAACUGUCCUGCAGACAUCUGGAAUGGGAUCUGGUGGCGAGUCGGGCUUGGUGAGCAGUAACCAGUUUGAAGAGCUUUUGCAAGAACGUGACAAACUAAAACAACAAGUGAAGAAGAUAGAGGAGUGGAAGCAGCAGGUGAUCACCACUGUUCAGAACAUGCAGCAUGAAUCUGCUCAGCUUCAGGAUGAGCUCCUUAAGCUUCAGGGACGAUUGUCGACUGAUGGUGAUUGCAACUCUAGGCUUCAAAUAGACUACAACUGUUUAAUUCAUAGUUACGAGCAAAAAGAGAAGCGAUUGCAAACUCUGAGUCAAGAACUAGCAGAGGUACAGCAAAGCAUUGGGCAGCUCAGCAGUACCAAGAACCUUAUACUUGACAAGUUGGAUGGAGUACCCCCAGAACCGCAACUGGUUGCAAAAACUACAGGAGUAUUGCACACACCAGUUUCUUUCAGUGGAUGCUCAUCAGAAGAACAAUUGGAUCAAAUUAAAAAACUGCAACAAGAGGUAGAACGUUUGAAUAAAAUAUUGGAGGGUAAGGAGACCACAAUACUAGAACUUCAAAAUAGCACUAAAUUAUCCAGCUCUCUGACAAUAGUUGCUGAAAUGGACAAGAAGGAACAAGAGGAUGCUGCUCUGCAGAUCAAGCAAAUGAGAGAAAGAAAUGAUGAACUACACAGAUCAUUCAGGGAAAAAGAUCUGCUCAUCAAAUCUAAAAGUGAUCAGUUGUCAUCAGUGACAGAAAGUUUGAGGAAUAGGGACAGUGAAAAUGAAGUUUUGAAGCAAGCUGUCACUAAUCUGAAAGAGAGGAUUUCAUUUUUGGAAAUAGAUGUUCAUAAAGCCCAAGAGGAGAAUGACCAAAUUGUAGCUAAAUCAAGAGAAAAGGAAACAGAAUUUCGAGCCCUGCAGGAGACUAAUUUGCAGUUCUCCAUGAUGUUGAGAGAAAGGGAGUUCGAAAAAAACUCCAUGAGAGAAAAGGCUUCUGCAUUAGAAAAACUGCUAAAGGAGAAAGAAGAGGGGAAGACUGGUGAGUUAAAUCAACUGCUGAAUGAAGUGAAAUCAAUGCAAGAACAAGCUGGGAUGUUUCAGCAUGAGAGAGACCAAGUAAUGCUGGCCCUCAAACAGAAACAGAUGGAAAACUCUGCAUUAGUGAAUGAGUUGCAGCACACGCGUGAUAAGGAGCAGCGUUUAAACCAGGAUUUGCAGCGAUUGCGACACCACUUAAUUGAAAUGGAAGAGUCAUACACCAAAGAGGCCUUGGCAGCUGAGGACCGAGAGGCUGAGCUAAGGAAGAGGGCUAAUUUCCUGGGGGAGAAGUUGGCAUCAUCAUCUUGUGCUGUGGAAAAUGCCAGCCACCAAGCCAGUCUUCAAGUGGAGUCCUUGCAGGAGCAACUUCAAACUAUUGCAAAACAGCGAGAUGAAGCAGUGAUGCAAUUGAAUAUGUCUCAAGAACAAGUGAAGCAGUAUGCAAUGUCACUGACAAACCUGCAGAUGGUGAUAGAGCAAUUCCAGCAGGAGGAGAAAGCGAUGUAUGCAGCUGAAUUGGAGAAAUAUCAGAAAGACAUUGCAGAGUGGAAGAAGAAAUCAUCAAGUCUUGAGAAAACAGUCACAGAGUUAGAGCAACAUUUAAAGGAAGCAAAUGAUGCUCUCGAUUCUGCAUCAAGACUAGCUGAACAGUUGGAUCUGAAAGAGGAGCAACUGGAAGAUCUUAAAAAACAAGUUGUGGCUCAACAGGACAUGUUGGAUGAUGCUCAGAAAAAACUACUGAACCUGGUCAACAACAGCGAAGGUAGAAUUGACAAGGUCCUGAUGAGAAAUUUGUUUGUGGGAUACUUCCAUACUCCAAAGAACAAACGUAAUGAAGCAAUGCGGCUAUUGGGAAGUGUCCUGGGGCUAAAAAAAGAAGAGAUUAGUCAGCUCUUGGAUAGCGAGCAUCGUGGUGUUACUGGAUGGGUAACUAGUUGGCUUGGCGUUAAGCGAGUUAGUGGAACCCAAAGUUUCCCAAGUACCCCCCAGAGGCCAAACCAGCACACAGUCUUCAACAGUUCUUUCUCAGAAAUGUUUGUGAAGUUCCUGGAAGUAGAAUCUCGACCUUCCCUUCCUGCUCUAAAGCUUCCAGUUUAUGAUAUACACUCAGUUGGAGUCACCUCUGGAAGCAGCCAACCAUCCAUUAGUUUUUCUGGCCAUUCUGCAGGUCCACCAGGAGAAGGUUCAGUGAAAAAAUCUGACUCCAACCCUUUCUUGGCUCCACGAUCUGCCGCCAUCCCUCUCAUCACAUCGACAGUCUCUAGUGGUGCUGGGGCCCCCCAUCUCCUCAUGAAACCAAUCUCCAGUGCCCUUCCCACCUUCACACCUCUACCAGUGUCUCCAGAUUCCAGUGCUGGGGCUGUACUUAAAGACCUCCUCAAACAGUGAAAGAACUGGAGUAAUCUACUACAGCACUUUAAAGUGAAAUGACACUAUCGACUCUAGCACAGAGAGGCCUUCUGCAGUGUGUGCAAAGUCUCCCGAGCGUUAUUUACAUCUUGUAAAUGUGCUUCUUUCAGUUACACAAGCUAAACCUACAAAGGUUGCAAAGAUGCCAGCCCACUUGGGAAAGGAUUGGCCCAAGAUGUAGAACACUUCCCACCUCUCCAAAAACAUAAUUACAAAUACUUAUACUAAGCAAGUGAGGUGAGCAUUAUUACUGACUGCAGGUACAGGAUAUCUGGCACUUGACUGCGAUCUGUGGUUUUGGGUAAUUACAGUUCAAAAGAAAUUUACAGAUGCUGCUGAGUUUCCGUAUCCCUUCACAAACCUUAUGGGAUUUCUAUAGUUGUACACAGUAAUGGAUUUCCAUACAAUCCUCUCUUGGGAAAAAUAAAAUCCCUUCGAUAGAGUUCCAAAGAAAUACAAUUGCAGUGUUGCGUACUUGAAACCUACUAUAACUGGACUGCCUCUUGUAAGUUAUUGUGCUAUUAUAUGUGGUACCUGCCAUGGUGGUAAAUGGUUUCUUUUACUCUUUGUUGCUGCAUUUGACUAUAUGACUAAGGUAGCACCAGUGGUGGCCAAGCUUUGCUAUGGUUCAUUUUUCCUUUGUUUUGGGAAGAGAAGUGAUUAUCUCCCUCUCCCCCACCCCUCACCUACUCCAGGAAGCUCGAGAGAUUUGGUGAUGAAGCCCCUUAAUUAAAAAUUAAAUCUGCUAAGCAGCCGUGAAUCUAAAUAUAAAUGAAAACAUUGGUUUAACAAGGGAGGUUUUAUUCUUCCUGCUGUGAAUGGAUGAAUUCUACAUAAAUCAAUAGAAAUCUCCCAUGAUUGUAAAGACAAAGGCCUUGUAACCCAUUAGCAUUUUUUAGUUUUGAACUGUCAGGAAUUUGGCUACAUGAUGCUUGUUUGAAUCUUGAAAUGAAUGUUCUUAUUAGACGAUGGAGACAUCUCAGACCAACAUGUGCCCCCGAGGUUGUUUUUUGUUUGCUGGGUGGAUUUGUUUUGAGCAUUUCUAGUGGUCUGUUGUGCUUCUGAACAUCAGACUUUCAGUUGGAUCCCGGAGGUACAAAAGAUUUCACUGAACACUAAAAUUGGAAUAAAUAACUUGGGCAGAUACUUCAGCUGCAUGGGUAAAGAGUCGCAAUCUUUUUCAGUCAUGCCUGGAGAGUAUAAUCUUAAUGUGUUUAAUGUAGGUUAAUGCCAAGGGAUCUGUAAUUUGUGUGCAGAUGAUGUUGGUCUAAUGAUCCAUCACGUUUUGUAUUAUGUUUCUGUUGGAAUAAUUUGUACGAUUCUGGACUUCAGACUGUGGAGUCACUCCAGGCCUUUCUAUUGCACAUUAUUCUAGUUACCUCUCACUGUAUCAGUGAGAGAGACAGCAAUCACCAGCCUACAACAGAACUCUUUGUAUAAAUUGUUUGCUGUUUCUUGUGUUCCAUCUGACAUAUGUCUACAGAUUUAUAGCAACUGUUUGAGUUCUAAGUUAUCCAUCAUUAACUUAAUGGAUUGACAUCUGGUGUGUAAUAUUGUGAUUAGCCUAAACAGUGGCAUCUCUUGGAUAUAUUAAAAUUCAUUACAGUAAACUCUAAUUUUGUCAAAAAUAUUCAGGUUCUUUAUUAACAUGAUCUGGGAGUUUCUGUGUAUGUGUCAAAAUACAAAACAUUAUCAAAAUCUAAGAGAAAUUAAUUCUCGGCCUUGGGGUUGUGUAUUUUUUUCUGUAUUUUGCCACUUGAGUUAUUUAGCAUUGAAAGAUUUGAGAAUGGACAUGAUAAACUCUUUGGGCUCCUGAAGCUCAACUCCUCCAAAACUCAUUUGUGACUAAUAAUGAAACUAAUUUUAUUUUCCUGUUUGUGGCUCUAAGUUUAUUUUUCUCCAUCUCUCCUGAAAAUGAUGACUUGUUUUUUCUGGGUGUCAUUCCAUGGCUGUGGGAGGCUCUCUCUUAUCUUGGCCAAGUGCCUUGCUUCUUUGUAAGUGGAUGCGGUGACUGUCGCGGGCUGGUUACAUGCCAACAGUGCCACAGCUCUCCCAGUACCGUCCACACAUUCCACCUGGGGUUAGAAUCCUAGUUGGGCUUGGAAUUUUAAAGCAAAUCUGUGCAGGUGACAAGCAUCAUCGGCCCCGUAAGAUUUACACUACUUUCAUUAUAUUAGAUCACUGAAGAUAAAAAAGCAAAACAGAAGCAAUGAUUGUUAAAACUAUUAUUUUAGAAAUGUAGUACAAUAGUUAAGAUGUGAAUGCAGCUACCCAAAAGGAUGAUGUGAUGCUUGACUUUGUAUAGAAGCCCUAUUUUUUUGAUGUGGUGCCAGCCUUGGAUUGCAUCUUGAGUCAGAUGAAAGAUUUGCAUUUAUAUAGUGCCUUUGUGUCACCCAGGAGGUUGCAUAAAGUUUUCCAGCCAAUGAAAUACUUUUGAACUGAAAAUGCUGCAGCCAAUUUGUGCACAUCAAGCUUCCACAAACAGCAAUACGAAAAUGUUUAUUUUGGGAUGUUGCUUGAAAGAUGUAUGUUGGCCAGGACAGAGGGGAUAACUUCCUGUUCUUUGAAAUAGUGUCAUGGGAACUUUUAUAUUCACCUUAGAGAGCAGACAGGGCCUUGGUCGGAUGUUUCAUUUGAAAGAUAGUACCCCUAAUGAUGCAGCACUCCCUCAAUACUGCACUGGAAUGUCAGCUCAGAUUUUUGUACUCCAGUAUUUGGAGUGGGACUUAUCCACAGCCUUCAGAUGAGAGAGCUACCAACUGAACCUUGGCUGACAUUUUGAAGGUUUAAGCUCCACUCCAACAUAUAAUCUAGGCAAACUCUUCAGGGCAUUGCUGGGGGAGUGCUGUACAGUUGGAGAUGCCACCUUUCAGAUGAGAUGUUAAACUUCUAUUCUCUCAUUAGGCAUAACAGAUUCCACAGCCCUAUUUAAAAUAGAGUUAGGGGAGUUUUCAAGUUGUUCUGGCCUUUAUGUAUCCCUCAACCAACCUAACUUAAAACAACUGUUCACCAAAUUCUUUGUCUCAUUGCUGCUUUUGGUGCCCUGCUGUGCAUGCGUUGGCCAACUGCAUUUUCUACAUUACAACAGUGAAUACAAUUUAAAAAACAUACCUCAUUGACUUUAAAGCACUUGAGAUGUCCAGAGAUAAUGAAAAAUGCUAUAUCAGUGCAUGUUCUUUCAUUUCUCAGCUGCGAAUAUUGGAUGUACCAUAGCUAUUGCUGAGCCUGUAAGCUUGAACUCUGAAACUUAUAAAGGGGAAACACUCAACCAAUUGACUCAUCCAGGGAAUCCUUUUUAAUUUUUGAAGUUGUGCUGCACUCUUGUCGAAGAUACGAUGAUAAGCAUGCAGGACAUUGCAGCACUGUCCAGAGUUUGCAUCAAAAGCUUCUAAUUCAAGUGUAACAUCGGCCAUGCUCAGAAUAAAGCUGUGUCUCAACAAUGGAACUUAAUCUUAAUUUCAGAGGACCAGUUAUAUCACUUGACCUGUUUCCACCACCGACCAUUCCUGUAACUUCUCUGUGAGACUGUUAGUAUAGCACCAUUGCUUUCACCCCACCUUCUCAUUGGAAGGCAUUGCAUCUCAUCUUGACAGCUCACAGUUAAACAAGCAGAAAUUUGGAGAGUAUAUUCGUGUUUAUCUGUGAGGCUGAAGAACUUAGAUGAAGGAUGAGUAUAUUCGUGUUUAUCUGUGAGGCUGAAGAAUUUAGAUGAAGGAUGACCUGUCAAGAAUGUGCAUGACACAAAGAACAUCAGCCUUUCACCAAUUGGACGUCCAUUUGAAACCAGUGCUAACUCCUGAGAUUGAAGUUACCUGUCAAUUGACUGAGUGACUUCAGUUUCACAUGCAUGCUUUCUUACUCAAAAAUACACAUAAUUUUGUUCUUAUAAUUUAAUACUAGCUUCACUCUUAAAUACCAACAAGGAUAGCUGAGGAUUUAGAGAAAAUAAAGCAUCAGUUAUAGUGAGGCACUGGAUGCUUUGCUGAAGUCGGGAUUGAGGCACUUUAUUGGGCUGAAUUAAAACAGCUCUAGAGAUGUGUAAUUGAAUUCACUCUGGGCAAUAUAAUGAAAUAUAUGGAGCUGGACCAGUGUUCAAAUAAUAGGCUGGGAUGCUUCUGCUUGAAUUGAGCAUUUACACACUAUGCUGAGUCCAAUGCUGUUGUAAUGCCUUCCAAGCAGCUGUGUGCAAUGGAAAGGAGGCUCUUUUAAUAGUUGAGCCUUGCAUUUCAAUAGAUCUUGAACAUGUUUACUCUUACUUGUGAUAAGGAAACAUGGCUUGUAUGCUUACUGCAAUUCAAGUCGUGCUGAAUUUUAUAAAAAAGCAGAUGGAUUCAGCUAUCCUGUUUUAUAAAAAUUCCAAAUAGGCACUUUUUUAAUGGUUCUGUGGAUAAAUGCACUAAAUAAUGUCGUGCUGAGCAACACAGCCCAGAAGGGCCCAGAUUUGAUUGGCGCUGGGCAGCAGUGGGGGGGCUACAAUUGGCCUCUUAUCUCUGGCCCUUAGUGAAAGUGUGGAUAUUGAUGUGGUCAUGAUCGGAUUUUGCUUGAAAUCCCAUCCGAUCUCCACAUAAUCUACUUAUCUGCUGACAUUGAUUGCUACCAGCUCUGACACAGAAAGAAUGGCCACUUGGAUGAGACAUUGGAAGGGUACCAAAACUUUGCUCAAGGAUGAGAUGCAGUCAGAAAAGAUGAUAGGAGGGUCAGUUGGAGUGGAGAUUUUUAUGUGCAAUUUUUUUGUUUGUUUGUUUUUCAAUGCAUUUAGCAGGAAAGUGAAUGUUUCAUUCAAUGUUAAUUCUUUUAUACGUCUUUACGUUCCACUUUAUUCUUUCUUUCUCAGUUUCCCCCAUUAAAAAUAAAUAAAUAUAGCUAUAUAUUUUGUAGUUUCUUUGUGAACAUGUUUGCAGUACAUGUCUUUGUCAGUAGUAAGCUGUUUUUAUUGUCCCUGAUGAUUGUACCUUACAGCUGAAUUGUGCUUCCAGCAAAUUAGAAAAGAGUUUGUUUUGUUCCAUCUAUGAAAAAAAAUUGUGGGACAAUUACUUUUUGAAUUGUUUAUAAAACAUAUAUUUACUCCUCAACUGUUGAGAUAUGUUUAAUAUUGUUACAAUUUGUUUUUGUUGAAAAUAAUUGUUAAAAAUGUUUAUGUUCAUUCCAGUUAACCUUUCUCUCAAUUCUAUGAAGCUUCAUAAUGUCAGAUUUUAUAGCCAUAAGAUGCCUCUGCCCACAUGGAAAGAGUGCAUGUCAAACUAGCUAGUGGGAAAAAUCCAAAGAAAUGUGUGCAAUACCAUUUAAUACAGUGUUGCAGUUGCUGUGGGUAUUUACUGAGACAUGUGUUGAGCCAAAUAUUGUAACUGUUUUGUGCAAGUUGAAGGCCAAAUUAAUGAUUGCCAUAGGAUAAAAUUUAGACAAAGAUAGUAGAGUAGGAUGGUACACUCGGCACACAAUUGCAACGGCUUGCAUUUAUAUAGCAUCUUUAAUGCAGUAAAACAUCCUAAGUCACUUCAUAGCGUUAUCAAACACAGUUUGGUACCAAAUUACAUAGGGAGACAUUAGGAUAGGUGAGCCAAACCUUGGUCAAAGAGUUAGGUUUCAAGGAGCAUCUUAAAGGAGAGUAGAGAGGCCUAGAAUGCUUUGGGUCUAAUCAGCUGAAGACAUGGUCACUAAUGGUGAAGCGAUUAAGAUCAGGGAUGUGGCAGAGGCCAGAAUUAGAGGAACGCAGAGGUCUCAGGGCUGUAGGGUUGAAUACAAUUUGAAAGUCCAAUCUCAGGCAGAUGUUGGGGUGUCUCUUCAAUUUCUAUAAUCUACACAUUUACAGCACAAAAGAGUUAAUCAUUUGAAAAUGAGUAGUCUAUAGGUGAUUAACUGGUAUGGGAAAUGGAAAUAUCACUGGUGCAUAGAGGGAAUUUUUUCUGGACUUUGUAUUUAAAAGGGAAGAAAACCAGGGAAUGAUUUACAAUGCAAAAUAGUUCCCAUAUUAUGCACUUUAAUCAUAAAGCUCAAAUAUUAGAAGCACUAUGUUGAAUCAUCACAGCAGAGACUCAAUGGUUUUAAUCAAACGUAAGUCAUUUUAGCUGCUCAACAGAUGGAUGUACUAAUUCAUUAGGGUCCUGGAUGUUGAUCUGAAGCGUGCAGGCAUUUUAAAAGAUAUCUACCAUCUGAGUAAUACUCAAACAGUGCAGACAUGUUACCAAUCCUUAUGAAUCAUUGCUUGUAUUAAUUUGACAGGCCAGUUGGGCAGCUGUAAAAGGGCCUCGCAUUCAGUGUUAAUAAGAUAUCAAUCACCUUGAUUGCUCCUUAACUUUUUACCUUGCUUCCACAUUGAUCUUCCAGCAAAAUUAGAAAAGAAAGGGCCAGUGACUGUUUCCCACAGAAAUAAAUUUAUAGGACAGCGAAAUUUUGAAUCAUUUACAAAAUAUUUAUCAUUCUAUGUAUUUAAUAUUCAACCUUCAAUUGUACCUUGUUCCUGCAUAGCAGUUCCAGGAAAAUUUCCAAAAAAUGUUCAAUGUUGACCCAUAUAAAUAAGAUUGUGGGACUGCUACCUUUUAAAAAGUGUGUUUACCCACCACAUGAAAGGUUGUUUGGCACUCAGCCAUUAGGGCGUAUAUCAUACUUAUAACAACAGUUUAUUUUUGUUAAAAAUUAUUAAAUAAUACGCCCUCUUUAGCUCUUUCUCACAGGAAAGUCUCUUCCCAUACAAACUAAAUUAAGCCAUUAUACCAAUGAGUUCACUACAGUAAAAAAGUCUAGAAAGAACCUAAUUCAAAAUGAUAGGUUACCAUUAUAAUAGAGCAUGGGACAGGAAAUGAGUACUUCAGACUUCUGUUAAAUUGUUAAUAAAUUAAUGAAAAAUUAAAAGUUUAAUUAUUGUUAAAUAAUCAAAGUUCAUACUUCCUCAUUGCGUACCCUUCUGUUUCAAUGCAUGUUGUUGGGGCUUGAGGAGGCGAAAGGGUGACACAUCGGUGCUUGUGUUCAGGUUGACCAGGAGGACUUUGCCCACAGUUACUGCAAAGACACAACUCUUCCACUUCCCAAAACAAAUGUCUUGCCUCAGUGAGCACGAAAAAUUAUUUUGACAUUAAUUUGUGCUUCUACAGUACUAAUCAUUUUAACAUAUGCAAGCUCUCAUAUUUUGACCAGCUUCUGUGCAGUAUUAAAUCUUAAAAUUGAAUGCUUUAAAAGGGAUUAAACUUUAUGCUUUUUUGAUCUAGAGGGCAAAGAAUGCAUUACCUUUUUGGAUUCAACAUUAUGCAAUGAUAGCAUAGUGUAAUGGAACAUGAGAAUCAUUAAAUUAGCUUGAGUGUUAAUGCUUUUAUCACAAGAUUGGGUUAGAUUGGAAGUUUAGUAAUAUUGUUUAAUGUUAACGUUGGCAUUCAUAUUGGGGAUUACAGGAUAUGAGCAUAGUCAUUUUACAUAAAAUGAUGUUUUUACAAAACUGCCAUUUUUUGCUGUUUUGCCCACUGUUUGACAAGUUCUUGGUGUGUGGUGCCAUGGGCUAUUUCUGAUCAUUGUUUUUGCAUAAAUCUGUUCUAACUGGUACCUGACGCAACUGCUGUUGCCGUUCUAUGAAGAAUGUACAUAAUAUAUUAAAUAUUAAUUUGCAUAGUA